UAAAAUAAAGGUAAACGUUCUGCCUUCUGCUGAACAACAAAGGACUGAGAACUCAAUGCAUCAUGUCUACUGCGUGGACCGUGCUACUGAUCUGCAUCUCGGUUUACUUAUGUUUACCAUCUGGAUCUGAUGGAGCCUUAGUGAUCUCAAGAGACGAUGAGCAACAGGAAAGUGCUUACAAUCCCAAAGUCAUAAAGAAACGAAGUGUGAGUGUUUCUGAGAUAGAAUUACAGAAUGUGAAGAUCAACUGCAUGGUGACGUCUCGGUUCGCCCACACAGUCAUGACGUCCAUGGCUCUGAACAAAGCCAACGUUUCACAGGAAGUCUUCUUCGAUGUGGAGUUACCCAAGACGGCCUUCAUCACCAACUUCAGCAUGGAGAUUAAUGGAAACACAUAUGUAGGAGUGGUUAAGGAGAAAGAAAAGGCCAAGAAGCAGUAUGAGGCAGCUGUGUCAUCUGGAAAGACUGCCGGUCUUGUCAAAGCUUCAGGCAGAAAGAUGGAGAAAUUCUCUGUCUCUGUGAACAUCGCAGCCAACAGCAACAUCACAUUCACACUUACGUUCGAGGAGCUCCUUCAGCGUCGGCUUGGCAAAUAUGAGCUAAUGAUCCGAGUCAAACCCAAACAGCUGGUCCAGAACUUUGAGAUUGUUGCUGAUGUCUUCGAGCCUCAGGGCAUUACAUUUCUGAAUGCCCACGGUACAUUCAUUACCAAUGAGCUACUUCCCCUGGUGGAGAAAACAGUCACUGACAAAAGAGCCCAUGUGUCCUUUUCUCCAACUCUGGAUCAGCAAAGGAAAUGUCCAGACUGUGAUGGCACACUGAUAGAUGGAGAUUUCUUCAUUAACUAUGAUGUCAAUCGUGAAGAUAUGUUUGGAAAUAUUCAGAUAGUGAACGGGUAUUUCGUACACUUCUUUGCCCCAGCUGAUUUUCCAAAAUUGCCAAAAAAUGUUGUUUUUGUGAUCGACAGAAGUGGCUCCAUGUCUGGAACAAAAAUGCACCAGACUCAUGAGGGACUGAAGACAAUUCUCAAUGAGUUACAUGAAGAAGACCACUUCGGCUUCGUAACAUUUUCGGGUGAUGUUAAAGCAUGGAAACCGUCACUAACUACAGCCACAAAGGAAAAUCUAAAAAAUGCAGAAGCUUUUGUUGAAACCAUCACCGCAUCUGGAUUAACAAAUAUCAAUGACGCUGUUUUGUUUGCUGUGAAAAUGCUGAAGGACGCCAUGAACAAAAAAACUGUCCCAGAAAACAGUGCGUCCAUGAUCAUCCUACUGACUGAUGGAAACCCAAAUGAAGGUGAAAGUAAUAUACAAUCCAUUCAAAAUAAUGUAAAGAAUGCUAUUGGUGGAGAGAUGACUCUCUUUUGCUUGGGCUUUGGCUAUGAUGUAAGCUAUACUUUCCUGGAUGUUAUGGCCAAGCAGAACAACGGUCUGGCUCGGAGAAUCUACGAGGGAUCAGAUGCUGUGGUUCAGCUGCAGGGUUUCUACGACGAGAUCGCAAACGUUCUCCUAUCAGACGUCAAUUUCCAAUAUCCAGAAAACUCGGUAAACUCACUGACCGGCAGCAAAUUUAAGCAGCUGUUUAACGGGUCUGAGAUCGUUGUGGCAGGUCGACUGAAUGACAACAUGAUGAACGACUUGCCAUUCGAAGUGACUGCUCAGUCGGUAGAAAAGGACUUGGUAUUUGUAGGAAACGCCACUGCUCAAGACUGGAAGACCAUCUUCCCUGACCAGGAGUACAUCUUUGGAGAUUUCACAGAGCAUCUCUGGGCAUAUCUGACCAUCCAGAAUCUUUUGGACAAGAUAGAAAAGGGUUCUCCUGAGGAGAAGAUAAAAGCCACGGAAGAUGCACUAGAGCUCUCUCUGAAAUACAACUUUGUCACCCCACUCACAUCCAUGGUGGUCACCAAGCCUGAAACUGAGGAAAAUCCAGAGGACACGUUUAUUGCUGACAAGCUGACAGAAGAUCAGCGCCGGCAUGUUCCACAAGCUGCCGGUGUUACGCUUCAGAGGACUUAUACUUCAUCAGUUACAAAUUGGGUUGAUUCAGAUCCACACUUCAUCAUUGAGUUUGCAGACCAAAAUGAUGCACUCUGCUUCAACAUCAAUGACAAACCAGGCACCAUCUUUAACCUGAUCAAAGAUCCACUGAUAGGUAUCAUUGUAAAUGGUCAAACCAUCGGCGACAAGAAGAUAGACCCCGAGAACACGAUGAACACCUACUUUGGGAGCUUUGGAAUCGUUCAUGCUAAGUUUGGCAUCAGAUUAGUGGUGACUACACAGGACAUCUUGGUGUCUGAAAAGGGCAAACAGUCAAAACUCUUCUGGUCUGACAAUAUUUCCAUCAAAGGCUCCAAUAUGGAUCUGCAUGUAGCAAAAGACCGCAGUCUUACAGUGACCUUGAGGAACUCUGUGAAAUUUGUCAUUGUUCUACACAAAGUAUGGAAGAAACACCCCUACCACCAGGAUUUCUUGGGCUUUUACACUCUGGACAGCCAUCUUUUUUCACAAAGAGUCCAUGGGCUACUUGGACAGUUUUUCCAUGGUAUAACAUUUGAAGUUAGUGAUAUGUUUAAAGGGAAAGAUCCAGACAAACCAGAUGCCACCAUGUUUGUGAAGGGCCACAAUCUCACAGUGACCAGAGGCUGGCAGAAGGACUUCAGAAAGGAUUUGAAAAAAGGAGAAAAUGUGCCAUGUUGGUUCGUUCAUAAAAAUGGCACAGGGCUGAUCGAUGGAGAAAUUGAAGACUACAUUGUCUCUGGUCUCUUUAAGACAAUCUGAGAAAAUAUUAAAAUUUUCUGCUCAAUGCUACCUUCAUAUUAAAGAUCUCUGGCAACUAUA